GCAACGCAAGCACUGGCGGGCGACCUGCUGAACAUAUAAUCUAUAGAAAUUCAAUGGCCAGUCAGAAGAUGGUACUAUUCGGUUACUUGAUGGUUGCAGCAGCACUGCUUAUUGGAGCAACUGCAGAUACACAUACAGUUGGAAACAGUCUCGGUUGGACUGUCCCUCCUGCUGGUUCUGUUGCAUACAAAACCUGGGCUGGCACCAGAGACUUUGCCGCUGGCGAUACCGUAGUUUUCCAGUGGAGUAACACUCACACCGUAGCCCAAGUGAACCAGAGUGGCUAUGACGCCUGCAGCGCAACAAAUGCAAUUGGUGAGAUUCACACAAGCAGCCCUUAUAACUUCACCAUUGCUUCAACCGAUCCUUACUACUUCAUCUGCUCCAUUGACAACCACUGCAAGUUGGGAAUGAAGGUCAAAAUCCAGGCUGGGGCUGCAUCCUCUCUAAACGCUAGCGCCUUUUUCACUAUUCUCGUGGCCCUGGCCACCUACUUCUCAAGUCUCGUGUGAAAUAAAAUCUGCGUGUGCUCAAAGAAGAUCUUGGGCUAGCCUGCUACCUUUGCCCUGCUGUUCUUUUUGUUGGCUUAAUUUGUUGCAUUAAGAGUUUCAUGAGAGACUUGAAUUGAUUGUAUUUUAUUAGCCCAAUGGAGUAAUUGCUUAAGCACG